AUGGUCAACCACCUCAACUACAUCAUCAAGUACCGACCCGGCGCUCAAAACAACAAGGCCGACGUGCUCUCUCGGCGUCCCGACUUUGCCGCGGGGGGAAAAGCUUGUGAACAACCCGGUGUAGUGCUUUUACGUCCAUCCUCUAUCUCCGCCACCUUUUCACCCUCCUCAGAGAUCACUGACUUGAUCAAGUCUCGCCUUCUUCAUGAUCCGGCAUCUCUUCGCGUCAUCAACGAUCUCAAUCGUGACGCCUCGCUUCACCCCGACUUUGCACUUCAAGAUGGUUUCCUCCUACAACGCCACAAGAUCUACGUCCCCGAUUUCGAACCUCUCAAGGUCAAACUCCUGCGUCAAGUUCAUGACUCGCCUCCAUCUGGGCAUUUCGGCCAAGCUAAGUCCUUCGAACUGCUUGAUCGGAACUUUGUGUGGCCUGGGAUGCGCGCCUUCGUCAAUGACUAUGUUCGCUCCUGCGACAGUUGUCAGCGCAACAAGCCCUCCCAUCAUCGGAAGCAUGGCCCACUUCACUCACUCCCGGUUCCGACGAAACCCUGGUCCUCGCUCUCGAUGGAUCACAUUGUCAACCUUCCGCCGUCCUCCGGCUUUGACUCCAUCCUCGUCGUUGUUGAUCACCUCACCAAGGAAGCUCACUUCAUUCCUGCACGAAAAAGCGACACUUCGAAAACCCUCGCCUCGCAAUUCAAGACCCACAUCUUUCGACUCCAUGGCCUACCCGGCGACAUCGUAUCCGACCGCGGAACGACUUUCACUUCAUCUUGGUGGACCGAAUUCCUCAAGAUGCUCGACAUUCGACCCAACCUGUCUACCGCGUUCCACCCAGAGUCAGACGGCCAAACGGAACGAACCAAUCAGAUCCUCGAGCACUACCUACGCCACUUCUGUGAUUACCAUCAAGACGAUUGGCAUGAUUUGCUCCCCCUAGCUGAGUUCUCCUACAACAAUUCCUUUCACUUGAGCAUAGGGAUGACUCCUUUCUUCGCCUCUCGCAGUUAUCACCCAAGGCUUGAAGUCACCCUCCAGGAGACUCCUGUUCCAGACGUUCGACAACAUCUUGCCGGUCUUCGCAAUGCCCAACAACUUGCACAAGAUCAGAUUCGUCGUUCUCAGGAGUCUCAUGCUCGCUACGCCAACCUUCGUCGUGCUCCCACACCUCCUCUUGCGCUCGGUCAACAAGUUAUGCUCAAUUGACGCAACAUCCGCACCACUCGGCCGUCAUCAAAGCUCGGACCUUUUGCCGUCAAGCGCAUCAUCAAUCCCGUUGCCUACGAGUUGGACCUCCCUUCGACGAUGCGCAUUCAUCCUGUUUUCCAUGUCUCGCUCCUCGAACCUUAUCGCCCCAACACUCUGCCCUCUCGUCAGCAACCUGUGCCGCCACCGCCCGACCUCAUUGACGGCCAGGAAGCCUUCGUCGUCGAAAGGAUCCUCGACUCUCGCGUUCGCCAUGGCUCGCUUCAAUACUUCGUUGAUUGGACUGGCUAUGGACCUCAGGAUCGUGAGUGGGUUGACACUUCCGAUUUCGAUGAUGACGAUGCUCUCGUCCUCGACUUCCAUCGCUCGAAACCUCGCAAGCCUGGCGCCAACUGUAUCCAACAUCUCGCGGAGCUCGACGCUUAA